AUGGAAGAAAAUACUAUCCCAAAAGAUCAUUAUAAGAGAAUUGAAGAAAAUUCAAUAAAAUUAAAUAUUCCAACAACUUACAACAUAAUCAUAUAUAGAUUUGACUAUGAGUUUCUGGUUAAUCAUAAUAAAAGAAGAAAUUUGGAUGCAAAUUCUCAAUAUAAUUUAGGCGAUAUUUAUUUUUUUGGUAAAUUGAACAUUCCCGUAGAUAAAGAAAAAGGCAAAGAAUUAUUAAUAUUGGCAGCUAAGAAUAAAAACACAAAGGCAAUAGAAUUGUGCAGGAAAGCAAACAUUAAUCUUGAUCAAACUAAUUGGGAUGAUUCUGUGACAUUAAGAAACCUACAAA